CCAAACAGCGAUAUCGUCUUUCUCCGCACACUCAUAUUUGCCAAACAACCUUUAUUAUCUUUGCACAAAUUGUCAAUGGAACAAAACACGUCAAGCAAAGGCAAAAACGAGCGAAACGAAGAUUAUUAAAUAAGCCGAAAAGAGGAAUAGAAUUUGUGCGAGGCAACAUUAUUUCGAUCAGUUUGUUGCGGGGUCGGUUUGCAAACGGUUGUGCAGGUCUAACUUAUUUAAGCAAAACCAGUGUAUUUAAAUUGUUUAGAGUGAUAUUGGCUGAGUGUGUGCGUCCAACGAACACGAAAACAUGUUUCAUUUGAAGAAUUUGGCACGUCAGGCGGCGGUGCGUCAGCAGGAAGUGGCUACUUUGGUAAAGGCUCUACCCACAUCUGCAUUGCAGUCGCGUGGUUACGCUGAAUACCAAAUACCCGAUCGCUUGAAGAGUGUACCUUCAGCCAAGGAUCCACGUUUCUUCGACAUGGUGGAGUACUUCUUCCAUCGGGGUUGUCAAAUUGCCGAGGAUCGCCUUAUUAACGAUAUGAAGGGCAAGCUGUCGCUGGAAGAGAAAAAGAACAGGGUCAAGGGUAUUCUGAUGCUUAUGCAACCAUGUGACCACAUCAUUGAAAUUGCGUUCCCAUUGCGUCGUGAUUCUGGGGAAUACGAGCUUAUUACCGGCUACCGUGCUCAGCACAGUACCCACCGUGUCCCAACCAAAGGCGGUAUUCGUUUCUCUUUGGAUGUUUCACGUGAUGAAGUCAAAGCCCUGUCUGCUCUGAUGACUUUCAAGUGCGCCUGUGUCGAUGUACCAUUCGGUGGCGCCAAGGCUGGUCUCAAGAUAAAUCCUAAAGAAUACUCCGAACAUGAAUUGGAAAAGAUUACCCGCCGUUUUACCCUUGAAUUGGCAAAGAAGGGCUUCAUUGGACCCGGUGUUGAUGUACCAGCCCCAGAUAUGGGUACUGGAGAACGUGAAAUGUCAUGGAUUGCCGAUACAUACGCCAAAACCAUUGGCCAUUUAGAUAUUAACGCACACGCUUGUGUAACUGGUAAGCCCAUCAACCAGGGCGGUAUCCAUGGGCGUGUAUCAGCGACAGGUCGUGGUGUUUUCCACGGUCUGGAAAACUUUAUCAAUGAAGCAAACUACAUGAGCAUGAUUGGUACCACUCCCGGCUGGGGUGGCAAGACUUUCAUUGUACAAGGUUUCGGUAAUGUCGGUCUGCAUACUUGCCGUUACUUGACACGUGCUGGCGCCACCUGUGUCGGUAUCGUUGAGCACGAUGGCUCCAUCUACAAUUCUGAGGGUAUUGACCCCAAGGAAUUGGAAGACUAUAAGAACGAACACGGCACUAUUGUUGGUUAUCCAGGCGCUAAGGCCUACGAGGGUGAAAACUUGAUGUUCGAACCUUGCGACAUCUUCGUGCCUGCUGCUGUUGAGAAGGUCAUCACCAGCGAGAAUGCGCACAAAAUCCAAGCUAAGAUCAUUGCCGAGGCCGCCAACGGUCCAACAACCCCUGCUGCCGAUAAGAUUCUGAUCGAACGCAACAUUUUAGUCAUUCCCGAUUUGUACAUUAACGCCGGUGGUGUGACCGUCUCAUUCUUCGAAUGGCUGAAAAACUUGAACCACGUCUCGUACGGUCGUCUGACAUUCAAAUAUGAACGUGAAUCCAACUACCAUCUUCUGGCCUCAGUCCAACAAUCCAUUGAAAGAUUUGUUUUAGACGAAUCUGUGCAAGAAUCCCUGGAACGUCGUUUCGGUCGUGUCGGUGGCCGUAUUCCAGUCACUCCAUCCGAAGCAUUCCAGAAACGCAUCUCCGGUGCCUCUGAGAAGGAUAUCGUACACUCCGGUUUAGACUACACUAUGGAGCGUUCGGCGCGUGCCAUCAUGAAGACCGCCAUGAAAUAUAAUUUGGGUCUGGAUUUGAGAACCGCCGCCUAUGUGAAUUCCAUUGAGAAGAUAUUCACUACAUACCGCGAUGCUGGCUUGGCUUUCUAAGCGCUAUGAAAUUCAACCGACGCGACGCAAUAUCACUUAAUUAAUAUUAAGCAUCGAGUCGAAUAAAAAGAUAAAAGCGGAGGCACACCAUUUAAAUAUUAAUUGAAUUACAAAAUAAACAAAUAUAAUAAACACAUUCACACACCCAUUUAAAGAAGAAAAAAAGUAGACACAGCAUUCGCGAUUAUAAAAACGAACAUAAAAUUUAUUCAAUGUGAUUCUUUGUAACGGUAUUCGAAUCAUCAAUUUCAGACUACAAUAUUUCACUUUUAAUUAUUUGUAACGGAUAUAGAAAAAAUCAACGUGCUGCCAUUCGUCUUAAGUGAAAUUAACAUACAUACAUGCACACAAAGUGAACAGUACUGCAAAGGUAUCCAAGUAUGUGUGAAAGUGAACGUGAGUCGCUCCCAAUAUAUCAUUGACAUCAUUUGUCACCUUAUGGUGCUAAGCGGCGUUAUAUUGACACACAAUCAAAGGCACGCCCUUCAUUUUGAUGUUAAAUAUAAUUGCUGUAAUUUAUUUCACAAACUAAGAAUCAUCCAAUGACGCUGUAUUAAACUUAAUUCAUGUUUACUUCCGUUUUUUUUUAAUAGUCUUGUGUUGAUGUUUAAAUUUAAGUUUUAAAAAGUGAAGCAAUGCAUUUUAUUGUAAAUUGAAAGAGAAUGGGACAUGUAGACGAUU